AUGUCGUUCUUGGAAAUCCUGGGAACCCUUGCCCUCAUCGCGUACUACAUCGGCAUCGCCUACGUAGGCACCCGUUGGACAAACGUUGAGUACGACGAGGACGAGUCGGAUAACCAGCAGCCUGGGCAAACCGCGGCUGCAAAACCGGAGGAUAAGAGCGGGGACGACCUGCUGCGCCUGUUUCUCGCCAACCGGGGCCUUCCGCUUUCGCUGGGCUUCGUUUCUAUGACCGCAACUUGGGUCGGAGCCGGUUACAUCAACGGAACCGCCGAAGCUGUGUUCAACUACGGCCUCGUCUGGUGCCAGGCUCCACUAGGCUACGCGCUCAGCCUGGUCAUCGGUGAGUGUUCUUCACUACGAACGUGCGAACCGCUGCCGAAGCGCUCUCCCGCUCGAGCUGGUGGCGUUGGGAAAGAAGUGCAGAUACUUUCGCCAUUCCAGCAAUGGAGGAGGCGCAUACCUCCGUGCUUUCCGUCAUCUGCUUUCAUCGCAGAGUUUGAGGCAACGGUCGGUCCUCUGUCCGCGCGAGGAGUUUUCGUCCGCUGGACGCCCGCCGUGUUAAGUCACUGGUUGCGGGUUCGAUUCCCGGCCUCGCGCAAAUGUCAACCAGGAGUGCACGCAUGUGGUCGCCCAGCUGGACUGUUCUUCGCGGGCAGAAUGCAUGCAACCAAGGCGUUUACAAUGCUGGACCCGUUCCAGCAGCACUACGGCUGUUGGAUUGGCCUCUUGCUCUGCGUGCCAGCGGUCUCUGGCGAAGUCUUCUGGACAGCCUCCAACCUGUCUGCCUUGGGCAAGACCGUGGGCACCCUUACGCAACUAAACGUCACCCUGAUCAUAGUUGUGUCCACCAGCCUAAUCCUGUUAUACACGUCGAGGGGAGGUCUCGCCUCUGUGAUGUACACGGACGUCUUCCAGCUGUGCAGCACCAUCAUAGGCCUAUGGUGCUGUGUGCCCUUCAUCGCGACCAACCAGGCCGUAGCGAAGAUAAGCGACGCACAAAAAGAGUGGGUUGGCGUCAUUAAAAACCAAGAUGUGAGUCAGAUCUUGGACCAGCUCUUCAUGACCAUCUUCGGCGGCAUACCCUGGCAGGUAUACUUCCAGCGGGUGUUGAGCUCCGAUUCCGCCUUCACCGCGAAAAUGCUCUCAUUCUUGUCCGCCCUGGGAUGCGUGUUCCUGUCCCUCCCACCGGUCAUCGUUGGUGCCACUGGGAAAAGCGCUAACUUCACGGCGGUGGGCUACCCUGGUUCGUACAACCUGGACGAGGAACACCGCAAGGAAAUCAUGCCGUAUGCCAUACGCUACCUGACGCCGGGCAUGAUUUCGAUCCUGGGCCAACUGGCCAUCACGGCGGCAGUAAUGUCGUCCGUCGACUCGUCCAUGCUGAGUGCUUCGUCACUCAUCGCGCGCAACGUCUACCAGCUUAUUUUUAGGCCCACGGCAUCCGAGGUCGAGCUGUGCGCUGCGCUUCGAUGCGCCCUGUGGGUGGUCGGCUUGUUGGCGAUGACCAUGGCCCUCAAAGUGCAGUCGGUGUUUGCGCUCUGGACGCUCUCCUCGGACCUUGUCUACGUGCUGCUCUUCCCUCAGUUCAUCGCGCUCUUUUUCAUGCCUAGCAAGAUCAACGCCUACGGCGCAGCCAGUGGUAGAUUUUUCUUUUUCUCACUCUUAAGCUAAGCCUCAACCUUGAAUUUAAGGAUGCCUCGCAGUCUCUCUCACAGCGCACACAGUUUAUGACCACACACAUUAUUUAUAGAAUGAAGAAGUCACAAAAAGGGCUAUAUCAAAAGACCUGAAGAUUGGUCGUCAUAAGUAGAAGCCAGAUCUUUAGGCACUAAAAUGUGGGUUCUAGGCGCCUAAAACAGGUACUUAGACUCAUCUUAGAUGCUAUAAGGACCACGAUAGGCACUAUAAACUGCUCGGAAACAACGACUUGUUUUAUGCAUUGAAUGCGUAAAGCUCAUUUUCAUGGUAAGGAAAUUGAAGUAGCAUAGAAGUGUGAGAAUUCAAACGCAGCAGCCGUUUUGUACAAGCCAUUGCUUCGUAGGGCUUUGCUGGGCAGACAAGCGGCGGCUUUUUUGACAGCCCAUUUAUAAUGCAGCUAACAGGCUUAAUACGUUUAUCCUAAUGCUAUGAGCAGGUAUAUUGUCUAUUAAAUAGCCAAACUUCAUUGCUUUCACUGACGCAUCAAGUGGAGCAAGCACGGAAAAUACAAAAUUCGGUAGGAUAGCUGUUGAUGUGCGGGGAUAGCUGUGUGAUAGCCAGGGUUUAUUGCAGAGGAGCCGAGUUAGCGGCUGGUAUACCGCAGAGUUCAGGUGUGCUGCCAUUGGCAGGUAUAUCUGUGCAACCACAGAAAAAGCGGAGGAGCCGAAAAAGGCAGUCAUGUAACUGGAGUAUGCAGUACUUGCAGCGAAUUUUGCACGCUUCCGCCUAACACACGCGCAGCGCAGUGUAUACAAUAAAAAGAAUUUCCAAGCACCAGUGGGCACUACACCUGUUGUACCUUUCUCUGUCAAAUUCCCGCCUGCAAUGCAACACGGAGUUACGUGCCCACUGCCGAAGAAGGGUGCUUUCUCAGACAUUGCUAGCCAGUCAGUGUGAGGAAGAUGGUGAGAGGCCCUCACAAGCUUUGUCUACGCAAGCACUUAUUUGCUAGGUCACAUUGCCAGGUGCGUUGCCAUUAUCAGCAGUGUCUGUUAAUGCUAAGGUAUUGUGGAAAUAAGUAAGCCAAUGUGCUUUCGCAUCAAAAGAAAAAAAAAGAAAGAAAAGGCACAAGGUAGUCCGAAAAGUGAAGCAUUGAUAGCACUAGCAAAGUUUAGACAACUACAUAGGGUUCGUAUUUUUUACCGGCCAUGUAAAUUGCAUUAAACAUUCGCUCACUAAAUAUAUUACCUAGCAUGGUGUCACACUCGCCCAGACAAACAUGGACAGAUCUCUCUAGAUGACCGCGAACACUCGCUGUCACAACGUGAUGAAGAGCGCGGCAGCAGCGGCGAGCGAAUUGCCCUUCGUGCUGGCCCCCUCAUGGAAACGCGCAUUGACGCGCGAGGACCUACCAUGGUUCCUUAGCGGCUAUGAUGUUGGGAUGCUAAGAUCGGGGGAUCAAAUCCCGGCCAUGUCAGCCGCAUUUAGAUGGGGGCGAAAUGCGAAAACACCCGUGUACUUAUAUUUAGCUGAACAUUAAAGAACCCC